AUGGAAGUUAAAAGUAGCUUAAGAAGAAUGGAAAAAGGCCAACUAGAAGCCUCAAAUCUUCCAUCAGAAGUCUGGCAUUCUGAGGUGACAGUGUCAGUGACAGGCGAGCCACCUGGUGCUGUAGAAGAAGAAGAAGAAACAGCUGAAGAAACAAACAUAGAAAUCAUCCCGGAAAUCAUAGAACCACUCUCCAUUCUAGAUGUGCUGAGGAUCUCCGCAGUUCUGGAGGAUACCACAGAUCAGCUCUCUAUUCUAAACUAUAUCAUGCCAGUUCAGUAUGAAAGAAGACAAAGUGUCAACAUGAAGAAAAAUAAAGAAAUCAAUUUUGAAGAAAAGACUUUAGAAAAACUUUCAGAUGACCCAAAAACCUCAAAAAUAACCAGUCCAUUCUUACCUAAAGAAGAAACCAAGUUGCCAGAAAUCAGACAAGGAAGCCAAUUGGCCAACGGAUUUAACAAAACGCAAGAUCUUGUCUUCAAAAAACCUAUAAGACAGACCAUAAUGUCUACGGAGACACUGAAGAAAAUUCAGGUAGAUAGGCAGUUUUUCAGUGACAUAAUUACAAAGACCAUGCAGGAGCUGCAGGAGUCAGGCACUUUCACCAGUCUCUUGGAAGCUUUGGGCAAAGAGAGGGAAAACAGAAAGCAUUUCUAUGAUAUCAUUGCCAGGGAGGAAAAAGGAAGAAAACAGAUAAGAUCUCUUCAAAAACAGCUACUUAACGUCAAAAGAGAACGGCAAGCUGAGGUACAGAGUCGGAAUGAAUAUAUUGCUCACCUCAAGGACCAGUUGCAAGAGAUGAAGGCAAAAACCAACCUGGAGAAUCGCUAUAUGAAGAGAAACACUGAGCUGCAGAUCUCCCAGACCCAGAAGAAAUGUAACAGAACAGAGGAGCUCUUGCUGGAAGAGAUAGAGAAACUAAGGUUGAAAACGGAAGAAGAGAAUCGGAUUCAUAUGGAAAUUGAAACAUUCCUUAGAAAGGAGCAGCAGAAACUUGAGGAGAAGCUAGAGUUCUGGAUGGAGAAAUUUGAUAAGGACACAGAAAUGAAACAGAAUGAACUAAAUGCUCUCAAAUCUGCUAAGGCCAGUGACUUAGCACACCUUCAAGACCUUGCAAAAAUGAUAAGGGAGUUUGAACAGGUCAUCAUUGAAGAUCGGAUAGAAAAGGAGAAGACCAGGAAGAAGAUAGAACAGGAUCACUUGGAACUCAAGAGCGUCUUACAGCUCCAGGCCUGGUGGCGAGGCACUAUGGUACGGAGGGAACUUGGUGGUUUCAAAAUGCCUAAGAAGGACAAAGAUGAUAUCAAGGAUUCCAAAGGUAAAGGCAAAGACAAGAACAAGCGGAGAGGCAAGAAAAAGUGA